UAAUUGAGCUCUCUCUCUCUCUCUCUCUCUCUCUCUCUCUGUACUCUCUCACCUCAUUCUCGUCUCUCAUGGCGAGCUCGAUCGAGCCCUAGACGACCCCCUCGUUGCUCCGAGCCCUGACGAUCUCCGCCAUAGCCGAUCCAUUGCGGAGCUUCGCGUGUACACGAUCUGCUCGCCGUCGCUUGCUCUCGAAGCGCUAGAUCCCGAAGAAAAAUGUCGAGGAUUCCGAAGUGGAAGAACGAAAAGACUAAAGUGAAAGUGGUCUUCCGCCUACAGUUUCAUGCUACGCAUAUUCCACAGACAGGGUGGGACAAACUACUUGUGUCCUUCAUCCCUCACGAGACGGGUAAACCAAUUGCUAAGACAAACAAAGCAAAUGUGAGAAAUGGGAGCUGCAAAUGGUCAGACCCAAUCUACGAAACUACAAGACUUCUUCUAGAUACAAGGACUAAACAAUAUGAUGAAAAGCUCUAUAAGCUUGUUGUGGCAAUGGGAUCUUCUCGGUCUAGUCUUCUUGGGGAGGUUGACAUCAACCUUGCUGACUUUGUGGAUGCUUUGAAGCCAUCCUCUGUUGCACUGCCUCUUGAUAGUUGUGACUAUGGGACAGUUUUACAUGUUACGGUGCAACUACUAACCUCCAAAACUGGCUUCAGAGAAUUUGAGCAGCAAAGGGAGCUCACUGUAAAGGGUCUUCAGAUGAUGUCAAACCAGAGAAGUCAUAAUUCUGACAUUGUAGCUCAUUCAACGGAGAUUCCUGGUGAACAUAUAGACAAGGUAAAUGCACGGGUCAGGUUCAAAGAAAACUUUAUGGAAUUUCCUUCAGUUAAAGAACUGGCGGACUCUAAUGAAGAUUAUGAAGAUCCUGCUGCUGGAGCUGAUGGUUCGUCAUACACAUCAGAUAGUUUAUACACUGAAAAAAACGAUGUUUCCGUUCCACAUGAGAUUGAUAGCUUCAAGAGCACAAUACCUAGUAAUAUUAGUGGGUAUCCUCUCAGUCAGAGCCCUAAGUCUGAUAAAGAGGACUAUUUAAACCGUGGCUGGAGCUCAGACUAUUCUGGAGACCAUGAUUUAACAAUUGCUUAUGAAGAGAAUAAUAGGCUCAGGUCACGAUUGGAGGUUGCAGAAUCGGCUUUUCUGCAGCUUAAAUCAGAAGCGAAGUCACUGCAGCGCGUCACAGAUGAAUUAAGUGCAGAAACUCAGGGCUUGGCGCAACAGCUUGUUGUUGAGCUCUCUUCAGGAGAAGAGCUUAUGAGAGAAGUCGUCAUGUUGAAAUCUGAAUGCUCGAGAUUCAAGAAGGAUCUUGAAGAACUAAAAUCUGCUGAAGUUUUACAACGUUCUCACGAUAUGCAUUCGCAGGGGAUCGAAUGGCUUCAGGGUUUGCUGCUUGUUGAGAGCAAAGUUCAGGAAAUCCAAAAGAAGGCUUGCUUUGGAUUCCAUGGAAAUGAUUUUGAUUUCCUUCGUGCUGAUUUUAGGAUUGUUGAAUCCAUCCUGAACAAUCUUAAAAAAGGUAUUAAUAACCAAGGGCAAGGCCUAGAAGGCUUGGUAGGUGUGAAAAAAGCUGGUUCCGCAUGCAUGAUGGAAGAGAAAAUGUGUGAGCUCCUAGAGAAAUUGGAGCAGUCAAAAACUGAGAACGAAGCCGUAAUGAAAAAAAUGAGCCAGAUGGAGCGUUACUAUGAAGCAUUUAUCCAGCAGCUUGAGGAAAGCCAGAAGCAAACACUGAAGGAGUUGGAAGACCUCAGAAAUGCACAUGCUUCUUCUCUUUAUACUGUUUCUCUCCUCCAAGAGCAGAUUGCAAAAGAGCACCAGGAAAUGGAUGUACAUUUGAUGAGGUUGGCUGAAGAAAAGAAAAUCCUAGAAUCCCAAAACAAGGAACUUGAGAAGCGGGCUGCAGUUUCUGAAACUGCUCUCAAGAGGGUUCGUCAGAACUACUCGAUAGCAGUCAAUCGACUACAGAAAGACCUUGAGUUACUCUCUUUCCAGGUUCUGUCUAUGUACGAGACAAAUGAAACCCUAGCAAAGCAAGCUUUUUCAGAUUCGUAUCAAAACUAUCCUCAUGACAAUUUGGAAGAAAAUAUUUUGAUUAAAACUGAUCCUGGACUGUCUCAACUGCAGAAUGGAUUGUCAGAUAAUUUCGUGGACAAAAUGAACAGUAAAAUCUAUCUUCUAGGAGAUCCCAAAAGCAAAGAAUUGUAUUGCAAGGACGAAGCAUGUGUAAAUGAAAUUGAUUCUACUUAUUCUGUAUGGGUAGCUUCACAGCAUGGUCGUGAACUGAUUAAGAACCUUGGGCUUUCUGCUGAUCUACCUCCAGAAACAGAAAAGCAUGAAGUACUUGAAAGAUCUAUUGAUAGUUCUGAAUCAGAUAAACGGCAGAUAAAUCAUGGAAAUGAUACAGAGGAUGUAAGAACUUCAUUUAAUAGGCUAAAGGAGCUUUAUUCAAGUCUGGAAGCUGAAUUUUCAGAUCUGCACGCGGUUAACAUUCAGCAGGAAGUAUUCUCUGACAUAUUGCUACAGACACUGCACACUUUAAAUGAUGGAAUUAAGUGUACAAGGGACAAAAUAGUUGAUCUCGAACAACAGCUAGAUCAGUCAAAUUAUGUUAGGGAGUCUUUGGUGUUUAAGUUGGACGGUGCUUUGGAUCAAUGCAAAAAAAUGGAGGAGAAUGAAGCUAAAUACAUAUCUAAAUGUGAUGAUUUGACAUUAAAAAAUCAAAUUCUGGAAGCAAAGCUUGAAGAUUUCUUGGUUGAAAAUACUUGUCUGAGUGACAAGUUUGCAGAAUAUGAGAAGCUGAUGAUGGAAUGUAGAGCUUAUGAGAGACAAUGUAAGUCCUGGAGUGAAGAAAGGAACAGAUUUGAGAACUUACUAGUUCAAGAAAGUCUGCAAAAGAAUCGGCUCACUGAAGAGUUCACGGCAUUGAAAGAGAACUUUGUUAAACUAUCCUCGGAAAAUGAUGAUCUGCAGAAAGGUAUUACUGCUCUUCAAGUGGGACUUCGUGAUUUAUGCUGUAACAUGAUAUCCUGUAAUAAGCAAAUCGAUUCUUGUCCUUUCAAUUAUGCACAUAUACAACACCAACUUGAAAACAAGAAUUACAUGGCCACUUUGACAUGUUUGGAACAGUUCAACCUACAAGCAUGUCAGAAAAUAAUUCAGCUUAACCAGGAGAAGAAGGAGAUGGAGGAAGUGAAGGAAACUCUUGAAAGCUCAUUAAAGAAGACACAGUUGGAUAUGUGUAACAUGAAAGAGAAAUUUGAGUCUGAUGUUGAAGCUAUGACAACAAAGCUAGACAUAUCAAGCAAACUAGUCGAGAAGCUUCAGGUAGAAUUUCAAGUUGUGACAGAGAAGUUUAAGCUUGGCUCAGAAACUGAAGAAAAGCUUGCAAUUAAAAAUAUGGAGUUGUCAUCAUGGCUUGAAAUGCUGGAAAUUGACCUACAGCGUUUUACUGAUGAAAGACAAAAUCUUCUUGAAAAGCUACAGGUAUUUGAUGCCCUAAAUGAGGAACUUGAGAGGACUAAAACCAGUCUUAUAGAAUGUAAGCAGGAGAACCAAACUUUAAUUAUGUCCCUACAGUCUAGAGAUGAGGCUUCCAUCCAGAUGGAAAAUGAGCUCCAAAGUAUAAAAGAAAACAUGAGAUCCACUCAUGAAGAUCUCCAAGAAGAAAACGCAUUGAGGGAGGGGCUUGAAUCUGUAAUUUCAAAUCUUUCAUCACAAAUGAAGGAGAAAGACCAAUAUAUGCUUUCUUUCAAUGAGCAGAAGGCUGAACUUGUAUAUCUGAGGGAAAAGGUUCAGGAUUUGGAAGAGGCAAACAGUGGAAUGCAGGACCUCCUGUUGCAUGAUGAAGAAAACCAAAGAAUUUUAGAGGGUGAGAAUUUAUCCCUCCGUUUACAGAUUGUCGAUGUUGCAAACAACUUGGUGGCUUUUGAUGAGGAGUUUUUAGUUGGUGAUAUUGAAGUUAUCUAUUUGAGAAGUCAGUUGAAGGAAUUAGUUGGCCUUGUCAAGUCAUUAGGAGAAGACCUUGAGGUGCUUGAUCAGAAACAUAAGGAUACCAUGACGGUGCUAAAACUACACAUGUCUAAUGAAAAAGAGUUAGUUGAUAGAAAUGCAGGACUAUCAACAGCUCUUCAGUCUCUAAAAUGCAAAUAUGAAAAAGUUGUUCAUGAGAACGAAGGUCUUGUAGAUUCCAUAAACAGCAAUCAUGCAAUUGUACAAGCGAAUAGCAGUAGAGAACAGCAGUAUGAAGAUGAGAUUGUGCGUCUUAAUGACAUGAAGGCCACGCUCGAAGAACAGGUGGAUCAUUUGAUAUCCUCCAGAUACGAGUUAGAAAUUGCGAAUCUACUGUUCAGAUCCAAAUUGGGUGAGCAACAGAUUAAGAUGUCAGUACUUCUGGAAUGUAACAAUGAGCUAAUGAAAUUAAGAGAGCAGAACAAUGAGCUUACGCACAAACUCUCUGAACAGACUCUGAAGACAGAAGAAUUUAAGAAUCUUUCUAUCCAUCUAAGAGAACUCAAAGAUAAAGCUGAUGCAGAACAUCAUCAGCAAAUACGUGAGAAAAAGGAUGUUGAGGAAUCACUUAGAAUUGCAUUUAUCAAGGAGCAGUAUGAAACUAAGAUUCAAGAGCUGAAAAAUCAGCUCUAUGUCUCUAAACGGUAUACUGAAGAAAUGCUAUUGAAAUUACAGAAUGCACUUGAUGAAGUUGAGACUGGAAAGAAAAAUGAAAUUUCUCUUGCGAAAAGAAUCGAAGAGCUGUCAAUGAAAAUUUCAGAAAUGGAGCCGGAGCUACAUAUGGUAUUGACGGAUAGAAAAGAGCUGGUGAAGGCUUAUGAUAACAUAAAGAGUGAAUUGGAAUGUUCUAUAUUGAACCUUAAGUGCUGCCAGGAAGAAAAGGUGAAGCUUGAAGCUUCUCUGCAGGAAUGCCAAGAGGAGAGAAAGAGGAAUAAAGUUGAACUCGAAUUGGUGAAACGGUUAUUAGAGAAUAUAGCAGCAACUGGUAAUGAACAGUCUCAAGAAAAUCAUGAUUCUGGGGCGUCUGGAGUAACAUCAAUGGGACAGAUUUUGGAAGAUGUCAAUUCUGGUUUUAACAGUGUUUGUGAAGAGAUGCCAAAUAUUAGCAGUAGUAAUUCUGGGAGAGACCAAGGAAUUACAGCCCUUGCAAAUCCUUUAGAUAAUGUACAUGGAAACUACACCCCGAAUGCAAUUCCCCCAUCAAGCUCAUCUGGAGACAGCAAAGAUGCUGAACAAGAUUCCCUAAAGGAAUUCACAUAUAUGAGUUCUUCAUCAACGGCACAAGCCUCAGAGAAUGCUGAAAUUGAAAACAAAAGAAACACAACUUUGGAGAAUACCACAAAGGAUAGUGUUGCCAAGGAGCAUUUCAGAGAUCAACAAAGAUUGAAGACUCAGAUGAAUCUCCUUGAAAAGGAGCUCGAGAAGUUGAAGAAUGAGAAUUUGUCUCCCCUCCUUCCUCUUGAAGAUCGGAUUGAUAAUCCAUCACUCUAUGGAAUGCAAAGAUCGAUAUCACAACUUGACAUGGCAAAUGAACAUUUGGGGAGCAUUUUUCCUCUAUUUAAAGAAUUGCCAGGCUCGGGUAGUGCCUGGGAAAGGGUGCUUGCCUUAGAACUUGAGCUUGCAGAAGCAUUGCAGGCAAAGAAGAAAGCCAAUAUCCGUUUCCAGAGCUCAUUCUUGAAACAACACAAUGAUGAAGAAGCUGUGCUUCAGAGCUUCAGGGACAUAAACGAGCUGAUCCAAGAAAUGUUCGAUUCGAAGAAACGGUACAUCGCCAUAGAGAGCGAACUGAAGGAGAUGCAGGGCCGCUACUCGCAGCUAAGCCUGCAGUUUGCAGAGGUCGAGGGGGAGAGGCAGAAACUUAUGAUGGUUCUCAAGAACAGAUCACCAAAGAAACAAUAGCUCUCAUUCCUGCUGCUGAAUAGAGCGGCCGCAUCCAUUCAUUUUGUUGCAAGAAAAUGAGGAGAUACUAAUAUCUCAGGGCAUUAUUUAGCCGGUGUAAAACUAGUUUUUGUAAAUAUGACAGUAUAAAAUCCUAAAAGUGUUCUGCCGUCGAGGAUAAGUGUGUAUAAUAUAAACUGCCGCUUGUCUUGUUGUGUGGUUAGCUGAGCUAGUUCGUACGCACCGGACGGGAAGUAUCAGCUCUGAUGAUUUGAUUUAUCUUGUGUACAUCAUGUAAUUUUGUUGUCUCCAAGGGGUUUAUAGCAAAUAUAGAUGUUCCUUUAUUGUUCUUC